AUGAUGAUGACUGUUUUGAUAACUGAGGAUCCUGGCAGGUCAAUCGAUGUUUACUUAAGGCCGCUGGUUGAUGAGGUGAAGGAUUUAUGGACAAAUGGUGUGAGCACAUAUGAUAAAUCAACUGGGAAGAUGUUCACUUUGCGGACAGCAGUUAUGUGGACUGUGAAUGAUUUUUCAGCAUAUGCAAUGGUUUCUGGGGAAGAUGUAACUUCUGGCUGGCAUGCUGGAAAUGUUUGUUACCUUGGUCAUCGGAGAUGGUUGCCAUGGGACCAAGAGUGGCGGGAAAAAGAUAAAGUGUUCGACGGGAACACAGAGCGUCACCUGAGACCUAGAGAAUGGUCCGGUGAUGAGAUCUUGGAAUAG